AAUUUUUUAUAGAGUUCGAGAAUUUGAAAACCCUUGGCCUCUCUUAUCCACUCUCAAAAAGAAAACCCCCAAAAGCCAUAGUUACAGUGAACAAGCAAAAAUGGCGGUGCCUUUAGGACUUUUCUCAGCUUUCUCUACUGUACAAACGGCCUUAUUUUUGAAGUCGUCGUCGUCUUCUUCUUCUGUAAGGCUUGCCGGUAAUCUGCGGAUGGCGACAUUCGCCGUCUCUGCGAAGGCAGCUACAACGGAGACAAAGAAGAGGGAACCAAGAGGCAUAAUGAAACCAGGUCGAAUUUCGCCGGAAAUGCAGGCCUUCGUUGGCGGACUUCCGGAGAUACCUCGUACUCAAGCACUCAAGUUCAUUUGGGCUCACAUCAAACAACACAACCUUCAGGAUCCGGAGGACAAGAAGGUGAUAAUCUGUGAUGACAAGUUGAAGAAGAUUUUCGGAGGUAGAGAUCGGGUUGGAUUCCUUGAGAUCGCUGGAUUGAUUAGUCCUCACUUUCUUAAGUGAUCAAAGUUAACAAAAAUCUCUCUUUCUUCAUUUUUUCUUUUUUCUAGAAUGAAUAUUUUGAGGAUAUAUCUUUUAGGACUCAAGUAUGUGGUUUGGUGCUUUGAAGGUGUCUCGACAUAUGACGAGACACAAGAUUAAAAGACAUUUUGGUAGUUUCAAAUCACAAAAUUCUAAAGGUUUUCUUCCUUGAAUUCUUUA